AUGUGUGACAGAAACCAGAUCAUCAGCCAAAGUUCAAAGACAAAAGUCAAGCAGAGAAAGAAGGAGCCUACUCUAGCUACAGGAGUUGCCAAGCAGAUCGAUUCUGUGUCUAACCAACAGGAGGGUAGUGAAUACAUUCCUGUGAUUGUGACUGAAUAUAAGGCGCCUCACAGCCUCAGGCAGGCUGAGAUGACCACAGGACUGGCCAAAGAGAUCCGUCCUGCUCUGGAUGUGAUUGACGGCUCAUUGCCGCAGUCACAACUUCAGCUCUUCUCUUCCAUGGUCUGCAUAGGGGUGCGUUAUGGCUCUAUAUGCACUGGAGAAGCCUUCAUCUUGGUUUUUUUUAUCCUGGACGACCCAUCUUCAGCUCAGUAUUCUGAAUACUGGAGCAGACUCCAUUCACACAAAACGUGCGUCCUCCAGUACCGAAGCAAGCGACCCCGUAACCUUCCUCCCAUCUCGAUGACGCUGCGAUCUGGACGCCGGCCCUCUGAAGGCAUACACCGAUCGAUGAACUCCCACUCCGCAUCUCCUUCCGCACGUCCUUCCUUUACGCCGUCGCAAUCUGGCAUUCGUGGUCGAACGCGAAGGGGAGGAUCUGGGUCAGCUGCAAAGCCGCGAGACGCACCAGGUCACGGGGAAGUCAGUGGCACCCAACGGAUGCUCAAUGUCAUUGAAACACCGACCAUCAAGACCCGCCCAUACUGCUCUCAGCAAUGUGUCUCCUUCUUGCACUCAAGGAUGGAAGCCCUCUUGAUCCAACGUGUCCCAACUACCAGGAUCACCAGAAGAAAGGCUUCUAUUGUUGGUACUCCCCAAAACCCAAACCGCUUAUACGAUUCAAUUAUCAGGGCAGAUGAUGACACGAUUGCCCAAUUCGAGCUCGGAAACUCAAAACAGUUAACAGGUUCAAGUUGUCAAAUAAGUUAA